UAAAUAAAGUGCAGUGAUAAGCUCUUAGUAAAUUAUUUCAACAAUUUACACGCAGCGCUACUUGAAAAUGGAUUUAAAAACAAAAGCAAACCGUUAUCUUUAUGAAUUAAAACAGAUUUGGUUAAGUCUGCAUAGCAUCGACAAUGUAUUUGCAUACAAUUUAAAUGUUACAAAAACUAAAUAUCUGCAGGGGAAUGAAAUAAUAUAUAUGGAGUAUAAUCCACAGCGUACACGUUUACGACGUUUACCGCAGACUAUAAGCAGUUUGAAACCAGUGUUUGAUGAAAAGGCUUUCAAUUUCAAAAAGAUUAAAUCAUUGGAGUUGUUAAUGAACAUACCAUAUGAAGGAGCAGCUAUUUCAAUGAUAAUCAAUAAGAGUCCGUUAACACGGUAUCAUACAUUGAUAUGUCCAGAUGUGGCAGCUGGGCAACCACAACGUUUGACACUUCCAGCUUUGAGAUUUUGCAUAACAUUCUUACUAAACAUUAGGGACGAAGAAAAGGCAUUUCGUAUUGGUUACAAUAGUCCUGGUGCCUUGGCAUCGGUGAAUCACUUGCAUUUACAUCUACUCUAUGUUACGACAGAUUUAUAUAGUGAUAAAGCGGAAUUAGAAUUGUUGGAAAGACCAAAUAUUUAUCGUUUAAGUGAUAAAAUGCCAACAGAGGCGAUAUGCUUUUUAUUUAACAAAACUGGUGACGAAGAGGCUUUGAAUGCACAAAUACAGCAACUAUUUCACUUUAUUAUGUGGCUGUGCGAACACGACAUUCCGCACAACUUGUUUUUAACUCCCAAUCGAGGUGAAAAUUUUGGAAAUGUGUUGAAAGUAUUUGUGUUUUGUCGAAAAUCAUUUUGUUAUGUUAAGAAUUUUAAUACCUAUAAUAUUGGAUUUUGUGAAGUUGCGGGUUAUGUGACAGUCGGAGAUGAAAAGCUGUACGAAAGACUUACAGAACAAGAAGUGCUAGCUAAAAUACAAAAUGAAACUGGCGAUGUGUUUAAGGAAGUUUACGAGUAUUUCAAAGCGUAAAGAAAGAUAACAAUAAAUUGUGUUUGCACUUGACCACCAAAAGGUGCAAAUGGCAACUCACGUCCUCCUGUUAUCUGCUUAGACCAGACAAAUCAUUCUGCGUUACCGCCUCGGAAUUUCAUAUUUGAAAUAUUUAAACUACACAACCAACAUAACUGCAUAUACAAUAGGGUACAUGGCGAGAUAUACCUUACGAACGACGUAGCAAAACAGUGAAUGAGUGCGAACGCCAAAGGAGGGCAGCAGCUACACUUUUUUAUUUAAUAAUAUUGACAGAGAGCGCUCUCGCCAUAAGAGAGCAGCCGUCAGAGCCGCAGCGCUUGUAUACGCUUGCAGAGCAGCCCAAAAAGGCAAAAGCCGAACGAGUCAAAACAAAGUGUCUACGAAGAGACAGCAAAAGCAGAGCGCCAAAUAGCCUGGCAAGGCAACACACGCCAAAAACACUAAAAAGACCCCCACAAAUCCACAAGCUAACAUACAUAUGUACAUGCUGCCACACACAUACCCCCCAGUGUACAACAACAACAGCGAGAGCAAUAAAAACGCACCGAGCACUACUAACUAGCAAAGGCAAAAGCAAAAACUACAGCGCUGUGAGCGUUUCUAAGCUGUGUGCGAGCAAGUUGAGUGGCCAGGUUUGCUGGGCCACAGAGCUCAGUUGACUGCAAAGCGUUUGAAAUUUUUAAGUUUGCGAAACUCACUCAGUCAGUAGUCAGUAUUUAUUUGCUCAGCCGAGUGACGACCGCUUGGAGACGGUAUGCGCGGCAUUUAAGGGUUAAACGCAAAAAUUGUUUAAAAUAAAUUUCUAUUUGAGCAACACCCCUUUGCGGCCGGCGAGAUUCGCCAGCGAGCGUACCACGAGCGUUGGUCUGACAUAGCGACGGCGUCGUCGUCGUCGUCGCCGUCAUAAUCAAAGCACGUUUUUCCUUAGCUGGCUGCGGCACACAUACUACUACAUAGAGACUCAAAAUUAUAUGGUUAUGUAGCGCUAGCUAUGUUUGGCCAGUGAAGUAGACAGACGAUACGGCACGUUGCCGUAAAGCGACAACAAAACAUCGUGUAAAAUCAACGAAUUUGACUGCCUCUACGAUUUGGCGUCGAGUGUGACGACGCUUACCUACCCAAAUAUCAAAAAAAAAAAAAAUCUUUAAGCAACGAUAGACGCACAGGAGAAUGGCUGAACAGUUGGCCGGUCGGAACGUCUUGCUUCGUUAAGCUAGUGCCUGUUGUUUCCCUGACUGCGUGCGCUUGUCUGCUUGCCUGACUGCCUGCCUGCCUUACGCGUAAUCACACUACGAAGGAAGUGGAAGCCGACGGUGGAAAAAGAGAAGCAGAGCCGGAGGCAGAAGAAAACUCGUCGUCAUCGGCGUACUCAUCGCCUCGUCGUCAUCGUCGUCGUCGUAGUUGCCGUUGUUAUCGUCGGUUGUGUGCGAGCAGCGCGCGUGAGUGUGUGAAAUCAAAAUCCUCAAAAUUGUCGCUGCCUGCCUACGGUUAACUACUUCCUUCAGCAUAUCCAGACAGAUUCACAUUUAGUACGAGAUCUGUGCGGUACGGUGCGUGACGGCAAUAUUUUCGGUUUAAGCGGCAAACACAAGACGAUUUUAUUUCGUUACGAAGUCGACUGAGCUCGAUUGAAAUCGUUCGUCUCGUUUCGUUACGAUUUAGGCUGCUGCUGCUGUUGAUUCAGUGCGCUGCUGCGGUCAGCAAGAACAAAUAACACACAAAACCCAAAAAACAAAAAUCAGAAAAUAAAAUUGUCUACAAAAAGUGCAAAAUUAUUGGAGAAACUUGUGGCCAUACUAGUUGUGCGGUAUCGCAGGUCGUCACUACUACCACACACAGGUACAAACGGAUAUGGGUAUGAAAAAUGCAAAACAACAACACCAACAAGACACAACUAAUGACGCAGAAAAGUAGUUGUGGAAGGUAAGCAGCGCAUAGAAAGUUGCAACAUUGAGCAUUGUGAACAUGCGACACGGCGCUAAGCAGCAGCAUAUACUAUAUACCGUCGUAGAAGACGCAACUGAGGUAGCAGGACUUAAAUAUAGCGGCAGCUAAACGCUUGACGACAGCGUUACGGACACAAAAUACCAGCGUUGUAUACACGCAACAAGCAUUUGAAGAACGCUGAACGCUCGAGUGUGGCAUCAAGAAUUCGUCUAGCGCGCAGACUAGACACAGCUAAAAUAGAAAGACUAGCCGAAAACUAAGUACGCUGCUAACCGUAACGAGUUUAUAAAAAUUAAAAUACACACAUAACGGCAUAGAACGAAUGUAAUAAAAUACGACUGUGGCGCAGAAAUGUGGCAAAAGCAAUAAAAAUAAUAGAAAAUAAUAAAAAUAAGCGAAAAGUAAAGGAAACCUCACAGCUAGAAGGCCAGAAACAAGCAAAACGCCAAGCAAACGGAAAGAAAACUAAGAAAAUUAAAGUGAAAAUCCAACUGAAACACGCUGCGCUGCGGCUUUACUGCCUUUCUGACUGACUGACUGCCUGCCUGCUGCCUGCUUGACGCUCGCACACGCCUGGGCCGGCCGGACCAACAGCAACAACAACACACACAGUCUAGUAGUAGUGGGGAAAUAGCGAUAGCAAACAGCUAGAGGCACACUUCCAACAGCAAUUGCGCGACAAGCCAGCUAGUCAUUCAGCCAGCCAGCAAGCGAGCGACGCGUCGGCAUGCGACGAGACGAAGCCGUUUUCGUAAAGCGAAGAAAAGUGGCGAAAGAAAAUUCAUAAUUUUUAAUAUUUAAAAUUAAAGUGGAAGCAAACACACACAAACACACGCACGCACACGAAUACGGGCACACAGCGCAAAGCGAUGAAAAUUGAGCGAAAAUAGAUAGCGGCAGUUGUAGUGUUGUACGUACAUACAUACGUAUGUAUGUACAUAGUUGUAGUGGUGUUAGUGAAUAGAAAAUAUCUGCACAAGAAAGUGCAAUUGAAUAUUGAAUAGGCACAGGCACUGGCAAAGCAAAGCAAAACGUGUGUGUGCUCUCAAACCAAACCAAACCAAAACGUCAACGCCAACGUCAAGGCGGGGCAAAGGAAGCGCACGCUUACAACCACAACAAUAACAAAAAC